CUUACGAUAACGUGUUGGAGAAUUUGAGAUCAAACACCAUCCUGGCUGGAGCCUCUCUCAUGCGUUUCGAGGCAGUCACCAUUGGUGACAGAAGUGGGAGCCUUAUGGAGUGGAAUGUUAGCAAUUCAUUUAAAAGCAUGAAAGAGUUGGAAAGCAAAACUUUGAUGGACAUGGCACUCUUACCUAGCAUUGAUCCAAUAGAUAUUGGACUGUGUUCUUCGGAAAAAGGAAAUGCUGUUCCUAUGGCGAAGCCCAGAAAGAAGUCUAUGACGUCAUUAUAUCUCAAAUUCUUUGAAACAGAUCCAGAUGGGAAGAGUCGAAGAUGCAAAUUUUGCAAGCAGAACUAUUCUAUCUCUACUGCCACUGGCAAUCUAGGAAGGCACCUCAACAACCGCCAUCCCGGAUAUGAUCAGCAGCAAGGUGAUGGAGUCAUUCAAGUCCCACAACAACAGCCCAUCUCUGUAGCCAAGAAGCCUCAACCGCAAGUAAAACCAGUCCCAGUUGAUUUCGACCAUCUAAACUGGUUUCUACUAAAGGGGCUCAUUGAAGGUUCUCUUCCCCUCUCCACCUUUGAGGAUGAGGGCCUCACAAACUCCUUCAAGUUUCUCAAUCCCUCGGUCAAGCUGUGGUCAAGAGAAAGGGUCCAGGCUGUCAUUCUCGAGGUCUACAGAAGCAUGCGAGAGGAUACAAGGGCAUCCGUGCUCCAGGUGAAAUCGUCCAAAAUCUCUAUCACCCUUGAUUUCUGGAGCAACUACGAGCAAAUCUGCUAUAUGAGCAUUACAGUCCACUGGAUUGAUGAGAACUGGACCUUACACAAGCUUCUCCUUGAUAUAUCUCACAUACCUUACCACUACGGGGACCAUGAGAUCCAUCACGCCCUGUUGAAGGUCCUCAAGAUGUUUAAUUUCGACGAUAGUAGAAUCCUCUCAUGUACUCAUGAUAAUAGUCAGAGCACCAUCAAUGCCUGCCGCAUGUUGAAAAAGGAUUUGGAUGGUCGGAAGCUGCCCGGCUCCCAUGAGUCACACUUCUUUUACAUCCCUUGUGCCGCUCGCACACUGAAUCUGAUAAUUGAGGAUGGCUUGGGAACAGCAAAACAGAUCAUAUCGAAGGUCCAGGAAUUUGUGCUCGAGAUGAAUGCAUCAUUGGAGAUUGCACAGGAUUUCAGGCAAAUGGCAGCUGCUUAUCAAGAGGGUUCUUGGAAGAUUCCUCUUGAUGCAUCAAUGCGCUGGAGUGGAAAAUACACGAUGCUCGACGUAGUUCGGAAGGCCUAUGCUGCGUUAGAUACUGCCUUCAAGAAGCACGAGGGGAACCCAGCAAAUCGGAGCACAUUCCUGACUGCUCCAGAGAAAAAUUAUUUGAUUAGCUUGCAUUCAUUUUUGGAGUCGUUCCACAAGACCACAACCAACCUCUGCACAAGCAAAUCUCCCACGCUUGGCCUGGCACUUUUCUUCAUGGACCAUAUCAAUGAAAUGAUCGGUAACUGCAGCAGUUCUCGCGCCAAUCCUGAAGCGCUCAAGGUCGCGGCCAAUGACAUGGCGGAGAAAGCCCAGACUUACAGCAGCCAGGUCUAUAAUCUCUCCUCUUACAUGGCCGCAAUCCUUGAUCCAAGGAUCAAAGGGGAGCUCCUCCCAGAGGAUCUCAACGCAGAGAGGUAUCUCGAGGGUGCUCGGCACCAUUUCAUGAGGUGGUACUCGUUCCCAGGCAUUCCUAAUGGCUAUAGUUCUCAGGACACCGAAGAAGGAAGCAGCGUCUCUUUUGCUGAGGAGAUUGCUCGGAAGCGGCGCCGGAUGAGCAUGACCGCCUCCUCCACUGACGAGCUGACACAGUACCUAUCGGAGCCCCCAGUGCCCAUAGCCACGGACGUUCUAGAUUGGUGGAAAGCCAACAGCACUCGUUACCCAAAGCUCUCUCUUAUGGCACGGGAUUACUUGGCUGUCCAGGCGACAUCGGUGGCCCCGGACGAGCUGUUCUCUGCCAAAGGUGAUGACAUAGACAAGCGACGGAUCUGUCUCCCUCAUGGCUGUGCACAGCCCAUCCUGUGCAUCCGGGCGUGGGCCCAAAGUGGCUACAAGUUCAAGUUCCGAUCUAAAGAGAUUGAUUUUGAUAGGUUGAUUGACUCCACUAUGCCUGCAUUCGAUAAUGCUACCUCUGCAUUCGACCGGAAGCAGAAAUGAGGGAGAAAAUAGCAUGCACAGUCUAUGUAGAUUGUAGAAAACAUGUAAUAUUAUUAGAAUUACAAUGUUGGUGGGCCCACUUGAGGAGCUGACCAGGCCAGAAUCUGUGUAAUUCUGUUGUUGAUUACAUAAGUUAAUUAGGCUGUAUCGAGUUCGUAUCUGAUCUCACAGAUUCUAAUCUGAAUAUAAUUUUCUCAUUGAGAGAGA